UAUUUUUGUAAGGUUUUAUUUUUGUGUGAAUAUUUUUUCUUUCCCAUUGGUUCUUCCGUGUUGAAAUUUUCUUAAUUAAUUAUAUUUUUUUUAUUCUAUUCAAAGCAUAUUACGAAAAGCUAAUAUUAUUACAAUAAAAAAAACAAUUGUUUUAUUAUACACUGUGGGAAUUUGUAAAACAAACAAUAAAUCUAUUUUUCAUUAGACAUAAAGUUAAAGUAAAUGUAAAAUGACCAUGGGUGAGAUGCCAACACCGUCACUUGUCUUGCCCGUAAUAUUGAGACCCAUAUUUGCACAGUUGGAGAGAAGAGAUGUGGGAGCUGCUCAAUCAUUGCGUUCGGCAAUCUUAAAAACAGAACAAAAUAAUCCUGGAUUUUGUUAUGAUCUUAUAAUGGCCAUUACACGAAGAGCUGAACUAAAUGUCAAUCUAAAUGAAUCGGUCUUAAGAUUGCAAGGGAAUUUACCAGAAUCAGAUUUAAAUGAAUAUCGACUGACUCGUACCGAAGAACCAUUCCAAGAAUUGAAUCGCAAAUCAGUGGCACUCAAAGUAAUUUUAAGUCGUAUUCCUGAUGAAAUUCAAGAUCGCAAAACAUUUUUGGAAACUAUAAAGGAAAUUGCCAGCGCUAUUAAAAAACUUUUAGAUGUUGUAAAUGAAAUUGGCAAUUUCAUACCUGGAGUGACUGGCAAACAGGCGGUGGAGCAGCGCAAAAAGGAAUUUGUUAAAUAUUCGAAAAAGUUUAGUACAACACUAAAGGAAUACUUUAAAGAAGGACAGCCCAAUGCAGUAUUUAUAAGUGCCCUGUAUUUAAUACGACAAACCAAUCAAAUCAUGCUGACUGUAAAAAGUAAAUGCGAGUAGAAAAUUGAAAUGCUUAAAAUUAGUGGCAUUUUUUAUUUUAUUUUUAUUAUUAUUAUUCUUUAAUUUUUACUAUUAAUUACAAUUAUUAUGAAAUAUAAUUUUAUUAAAUAAAUACAAAAAUUAUAAAACGAAAACACAAACAAAAAUCCUUAAGAACAUUAUAAUAGAAAUAGUUUAAAACAAAGAAAACAGAAAAAAGAGAGUAGCAAAAUAAAUAAAAAAACACUUAAAGAAUUAAAUAAAAACAAAAACCAACACAAAUACAAAUACAAAGAAAAACAAACAAAUACAAAUUUAAAGAAAAACAAAUUAAAUUAACAAAUAAAAACUACAGAAAACUUAUUUACAAUUACAAACAAAUAAAAUAAAAUUACCACAAAGAAAGAAAGAACUAUUUAUUUUUUAUUUUCACAACAUAAAAACAAUAAAUUAAUAAAGAAAAUAAAAAAAAACAAAUUAUUUAAAAGUUAUUUAACAAUUUUUUAUGUAGUUUUUAGUAUUAUUACUAACAAAAAUUAUAUAUUACAAUUUAUUUAUAAUUGAGAUGAAAAAAAACAUUAAAAAAAUGUAAAUAUUAAUUAUUGUCUUUAAUUUUGUUGCUCGUUCGUGCGUUUGUUUGUUUGUUUAUUUAUUUCAAUUAAUUAAAUUUACUAGAUGAUGUGGAAAAAAGGAUGUUUGUAAAAAAACACUUAAAAAUUAAUGUAUUAAAAGAACAAAGUGAAUUCCCAAAAUUGUAACAGUGCAUCAUAAAUUAUGUAAACACUAAUUUUAUUUGUAUUAAAUGAAAACUGAAAUCAAUUCAAUUAAUAAUUAUAAAAUAGUAAUGAAAUAAAAUAAAAUAUUUUUCCAUUAUUUUAAUUUUAUGUUUGAAAUUUAAAACGAGAAAGUAAAUGAAAAGUAUAAACAUACUUACAUACUUAUGACAAAUAAAUAAAUAAAUGUAUUUAUAACCCAUUUUAACUUAAAA